AUGUUCACCAGUGUUCUCAAUCUCCUGGCUUCUGCAGCUCUUGUCUUUGCGGCACAAAACAGGCUGCAGCAGGUGACCAACUUUGGUGCGAAUCCGAACAAUGUGGGCAUGUAUGUGUACAAGCCAUCGAGGGUGGCUAGCUCCCCCGCCCUCGUCGUUGCCAUUCACUACUGCUCAGGCUCUGCCCAAGCAUACUUUGGCGGAACACAUGGAAAGUGCUUUGAUGUCCAUAGUCCCGAGACCUUGAAGCACAAUGCUGGCGGUGACAGCCAGGGCAUCGCGUCCAUGAUCAAGUAUGCCAUCAACAACUAUGGUGUCAACCCCCAAAGAGUCUUUGUGACUGGUUCAAGCUCCGGAGCAAUGAUGACCAAUGUCAUGGCUGGAUCCUAUCCCGACCUCAUCACUGCGACGUCGUCAUAUAAUGGCGUUCCAUUCGGUUGCUUUGCCGGAUCAGGCGAGUGGAACUCUCAGUGUGCCACUGGACAAAUUAUCAAGACUGCUGCACAAUGGGGAGAUAUUGCAAGAGCCGCAUACCCUGGGUAUAGUGGCCCCCGCCCGAAGAUGAUGAUUUGGGACGGUACAACGGAUACGGUUCUCAACUACAAGAACUACGCCGAAAUGAUCAAGCAGUGGACAAAUGUUCUUGGUGUUAGCCAGACCCCGACAAGCACCCUGACGAACAACCCCCAGUCCGGGUACACCAAGACAAUGUAUGGCAAUGUCGUUGUCGGAUACUCUGCACAAGGCGUAGGUCAUACUGUGCCCGUUCAUGAGGACGUCGAGCUUGCGUGGUGGGGUGUCACAGGUGGCAGCAGCACUGGGACGGUAACGUCGACUAGACCCUCGUCGAGCACAACUCGUACCCAAUCUAGCGUAUCCAACGGAUACGAACAAUCUCUUUACGGACAACAUGGUGGCAACUACAACUUGCCCGUUCUCUUUCACAAAAAAUUUAUGUCGUCCAAUCAAACCAGGACGACUGGUCCUCACUGGCGCCGUCGCUUCCUAGGCAAAUCAGCAACCCAUGUUGACGAGAUCGCAAACUCUCCUGGCGGAUUUCCGGUCGAAAUAUGGCGUUGCAUUUUCGACGACAUCUUUGACACCCUUCACUAUGACCACGAGGAAUUUCUGGAUGGCAUUGCUCAUUUCUCCGUCGGAGAGUAUUCCAUCUCUCGCUUAGAGAUAUAUAUUUCCGAGUGGCGGCGGCUGUCUCUGACAUGCCGGUACUUUUAUUCGAUCCUACGCCAUCACACCGGGAAUCGCCUUACUCUUCUCGAAUUAGACGCUACGACGGGGCAGCCUAGAACAUGGAAGCAAGCCUCUCAUCAGCUCAAAGAUACCGAAAGACUCGAGUCGAUGGGCCCAACUCUCCAGUGGGUCACCGAUAUCCCUGUGCCUAUCCGGAGACCGCCAACCUUACAGGAUUGGCCGCCUCACUAUUUGGAAGAUGAUUGGGUUUCUUUGCAUGCCGUCCUCGCAGACAUGCUCCCCUUUCAUCUUCCCCUCUUACUCGACCGAGCUUCCAACCUCGAGCUACUGUCUUGCGUCCUACGUGGAGAAGACGAUCACGAAGGCCACGUCGACCCAAUUCUAUCUCACCCCAGGUUAUCCCAGCUCACCCACCUUUCCAUCGUCCUCAAAGGCUACUGCCUUCUCAAAUCCAUCCCAAACGAAACAUUUCCCAAUCUACGGUUUCUCCGCUUCUCAUUCCAGGGAAUAUCCUGGCGGGGCGGCAAUCCAGGCGAGCAAAUUCCGCCGGUCGACAUCCAAGACCUCCUUCCGUGGACAUUGCCCUCGCUCAAAACGCUCGUCCUCGGCGGAUCGCUGCAAACGUGCUACUACCAAGCACUGAUGCCCUUUUUCCUCCGACAAACCGACACGGUCGCCAACUUGAUCAACAACCUCCUCGUCGUCGGCGACGGCAACCGCGUCCGACACGAAUUGGCCAACUCGUUUCCCAACCUUCGCAAAUAUGGCGCCUGCGUGUCCUCGCUCUAUCGUGAUCGCCAGAGUAAGCCUAUCACGCUUAUCUUUGUGGACAUGUUUACCAAUCGAAUGAUGCCACGCACGUCGGAUGCUGCUAUGGAGAUGAACAUGUUUAUGCACUCGGGGUUCAAAUGUCUUCCGCGGUACACUAUCAAGCGGAUCAUGGUCCCGGAGACGUGGUACGAGGCGCGCUGCAUCUUGCGGAGAAUGAGACUAUCGCCCGAAGCGAUUCGAUCUGGUGCUGGGCGGACAUUGUCGCUUCUUCAGAACUGGGGGCUGCCCGUCGUCGACCGUCUGCAGGUCGAAAUGCCGGUUGGCCAAGAGGAUUGGCUGUUUUUCCCAGAGGAGGCCGACUCUUGA